AUACAUUACCCAUAAGCCCCCAUCACGAUGACGCAAAAGGUAAAAGGUUAAGUCGCCAAGAUGGUGCUCGAAAGCACUAUGGUUUGUGUGGACAACAGUGAAUACAUGCGCAAUGGAGACUUUCUGCCCACGAGACUCCAAGCACAACAGGAUGCUGUGAAUAUUGUCUGUCACUCCAAAACCCGCAGCAACCCUGAGAACAAUGUGGGGCUGAUCACCAUGGCAAACAACUGUGAGGUGUUGACCACUCUCACCCCAGACACAGGCAGGAUUCUGUCAAAGCUACAUGCAGUUCAGCCCAGAGGAAACAUCAGCUUCUGCACAGGCAUCAGGGUGGCACAUCUGGCUCUGAAGCACAGGCAGGGUAAAAACCAUAAGAUGCGCAUUAUUGCUUUUGUUGGCAGCCCAGUGGAGGACAAUGAAAAAGAUCUAGUGAAGAUGGCAAAGCGUUUGAAGAAAGAGAAAGUCAAUGUUGAUAUUAUUAACUUUGGAGAAGAGGAGCUAAACACAGAGAAAUUGACAGCCUUCAUUAAUACAUUGAACGGCAAAGAAGGCGUGGGCUCUCACUUAGUUACAGUUCCUCCAGGUCCAAGUCUGGCUGAUGCUCUUCUGUCUUCCCCGAUCCUGGCUGGAGAAGGAGGUGCAGUCUUGGGUUUGGGAGCCAGUGACUUUGAAUUUGGAGUUGAUCCUAGUGCAGAUCCAGAACUGGCUUUGGCUUUGAGAGUGUCAAUGGAAGAACAGAGACAACGCCAAGAAGAUGAAGCUCGCAGGGCAGCUGUGACUUCAGCUGCUGAAGCUGGCAUUUCUGCACCUGAAGCAGACGAAUCUGAGGCAACUCUUUUGAAGAUGUCUGUUCCUCAAUCAGACAGUGGAAAACCUGCUCUGCCAGACUUCAGUCGCAUGACGGAGGAUGAGCAGAUUGCAUAUGCUUUGCAAAUGUCCAUGCAGGGAGCAGAGGAGUUUGGUGCAGAGGGCAUGGACACAGGAGACACAUUGGAUUCAACUGAAGUGAAGGAAGAGGAAGACUAUGAUGUCAUGCAAGAUCCAGAGUUUCUGCAGAGUGUAUUGGAGAGCCUCCCUGGUGUCGACCCGAGUAACGAGGCCAUCCGAAACGCCAUGGGGUCUUUGGCUUCACAGACUCCCAAACCUGAGCCCAAAAAGGAUGAAGAGAAAAAGAAAUAAAACUUCACUACAAAGGACUGUUAUUAAUGAUGUGUUAUGCAUGUAGAGUACCAGUGUUUGUGGCAAUUGUCUGUUCAUGCUUUCCACACCCACUCAGUUUGCAGAAUUGCAUUUUGUACCAACUAAAACUGCUUUAAUAAAUGUGGUUUUACUAUUCCACCCUCAAAUUGUAA